CUGGGUCCAUUUUCUAUCGGUCUCACUCCAGCCUUUUUACAUGGAUGAAAUACAUACACAGAUUUUCACAAGGUUUGUGUAUGCGGCAAGUGGACAUGUUGCAAGAUGGGAUUUCUAAGAGUAGCGCUACACUCUCAAGGAUGGCAAAGAAACUUCGGCACAUCUGUCUUAAAAGCAUGAGAAAGCAUCGGAAGCAAAAAGGGCAGAGAAUAGGUGGAGUUGAUGUCCUUAUCCACAUUGAUGAAAGCAAAUUCUGUCAUAAAAGAAAGUAUGCCAGAGGACGUUUUGGUAACACAUGGAGGAGAAAGACGUGGGUAUUUGGGAUGUUGGAGAUACGGGGCAACUCCAGACGACCCGUCCUUCGUCUAGUGAAGAGGAGGAACAAGGCUACCUUGGUUCCUAUUAUCAAGAAGCACAUAAAACCUCAGAGUACGGUAGUAAGUGAUGAGUGGAGAGCAUAUUCAAGUCUUUCACAGGAAGGCUACAGACACGUGAAGGUCAACCACAGUCAAAAUUACGUAGACCCCAGCUACAGGUCUACACACAGAACAGGUAUUGAGGGGCAUGGCAGCACAAGAAGGAGAGGUAUGGCGGUUGCGUGGAAACCGAACAGAAAAGUCUCUGAAAAGGCAGCUCUGCUUCACAGAAUGGACCUACUGGUUGGGCAAAAGACAUAA